AUGAUUCCCCCGGCAUCAAAUGGGUUCAAGACCUUCUAUGCCAUCCCCUACUACAAUGGAAGCACCCUGGAUGCAGCCGAUGCGCUGGCGCGGGAGGGGCAGAUGGAGGAAGCCGUGCGCGUUCUCUUCGCGGGGCCCAGGAACCUGGAAGUCGAUGCCAAGUCGAAGUAUGCCAAGGACGAGGUGACGUCGGAUGAGGUCUUGUACUGGUCCCGUUCCACGGCGCAGUGGCUGCCUGCUACCGUACUCGGACACAACCUGUCCCAUGUGGCGUCCAAGGACUCAACGCAGGCGAAGCUAUGGAGCUACCAGUUAGAUGUGCAACCCCAAGCGCCGCCUUCCCUGGUGCUUCGCCACACGGACGAGAAGAGUACGGUGAAGACGCCAACAGCAGGUUACCCUCGACCGCGCUUGGUAGUGCCCAACACCUGUCCAUGGCCGAUGGCUCGUUCGCCGCCUUGUUGGCAGGAGGCGGCCACUGCCCGAAAGCUGGCGCCCAGCGCCGUCGCCGCCGCCGUGGGCGUCGCGGCGACGCCGCCGAGCGCCACCAUGCUGCCGCGGGCGGCGGUGGUGGCGCCAGAGGCACUGCAUGUCACCACGCGCUUGCCGCGGCACUCGUUGACUUCCACGGACCAGCAGACGUUGAUCGCUACGACUGAGUUGGAUGCAUUGCUCACGCCCACGCGCUCGUUGGGGUCUUUGGGCACGCCCACGCAUUCCCCCAGUGCGCAGGUUCGUCACUGCACUCCUGAGCCGCGGGAAACCCGAAGGUCGUCUCCUGUCGCGCAACUCGUGGGGCCUUUAGCCUCGCCCACACAGCGCACGCGUUCGCCGGCGCGACAGGUCCUGAUCCCUGGCGCCGUGGUGGUGGCACCUCCCGCCAUCCACGCCAUGGCGCCGUCGUUUUCGGCGGCGGUUCUACCGGCCACACCGGUGCCGCCCUUGCCGCAGGCUCCAGCUGAAACAGUCCCCGUGCCGGGUGCUGCCACUGUGGUAGCACCUCCCGCGGAGCCGAUUAAGGCCGAAAAGACGCAGGGCAGCGGGCCAGUCUGGCAGCCAAGUGUCAUCAUCACAGUGCCCUCCACCAAGAUGUUGCGCCCCGUGGGCAGCCGCGCGACUGUGCCCAUGGCGGGCUACUGCACGCCCAAAGAACCGAUGUCGCCACCCCGAAGUCGCCAGCCCAGGGCACGGAUCCAAGUGAUGCCGCCGGCCACGCCGCCGCGGCAGAAGCACCGGGCCGUGAUGCCCCUAGGUGCCGCGCCUACGCAGCCUGCGCGACCCCAAAGCCUGCUGAGGGCUGCUACGAGUGCGCGGUCUGUGGAGAUGUUGAGCCCCAAAGAUCCCCAGACUCCGCAUCUUCCGAUGUCCCAGUCCUUGCUGGUGCCCAGCACCCGUAGCACCUCCCCUGGGCGAAAUGUGAGUCCCGUGCGACAGAUGGUUCCCACGUUGUCGCAGCGCACGCUCCAUACUCAACCCGCCCUGGCGGUGACGCCCAUGACCGCACCGCGGUCGCCUUUGGGCAUGGAGUCACGACAUCUGCAGUCAAGGUCCGCGCGGCCGCAGCUGCACCAGUGGGGCGUGCCUCCUGAGAAGUGGGGCAUCCACUUUGAUCAGCUUCUUGAUCUGGAACAGCACCAGAAAUUCCAACGCGAUUGGAACACUCGGGAGGUGGUCUCUGAGAUCAUUUGGCCCGAGACCGCUGGGAAAGGCAUAGGC